AUGUCCAAAGCCGCCGACGACGUGUUAGAUUUCAUCAACUCCUUGCCCGACUCCAGAUCAGGCACCCCCAAGCCCAAGAGCGCGGCGGGAAAGGACGAAAAGGACGAGGACUUCUUGGAGUUCUUGGAUGAGUUGGCACAACACGAAAAGAAGAAACCAGCCACCCCCAAGCCCAGCCAGAAGUUUGAGCCCAAGAAGAAGGACAAGGAGGAGUCCAAGGAGCAAGAAACCAGUGCAAAAGAACCUGUUCCAAGCAAGCUGGAGCCCAGCGCUGGCACCGAGCCCCAGAGCGAGGAGGCCCCAGCCGCCAACGCCAACGAAGAGCUCGACAUCGACCCCAUUGGCUCCAUCACCAACUGGUGGAGCAGCGAGGGCUCCACCAAGGUGUCGUCCCUCUGGGGAACCAUCGCUUCCAACGCCCAAUCCUUGGGCGAGCAAACCUACCAAUUGGCAUCGACUACAACCAAUCAAAUCAACCAACAGAGACAGAAGUUCUUGGAAGAAGGUGGUGAUGACGCGUUCAGUCCCGAGCAGCACAUUGGAAACAUCUCGGGCAGGCUUAAUUCCAUCUUGUUGACCAUGUCCAACCAGAUCAAGCAGGGCUUGAUCAGUCAAGACGACGAACUCUUAAAUGUGUUGGUGGUUUAUGAUAUGUACAAUAUGAGUUACUUGGACAGAUUGAUCUACGAUAAUUUCAACAGGGUCAUGACCCAAGUGGAGGGCGGAAUCAAAGUGUCUGUGAGCAAGAUCAACCACAACGACAACUCAGGCUCCUCCGACACCGACGCCAAGAUCAAUUUGAACAUGUUCCACGGUAAGGUGAUCGAUGGAGAGAAGUUGUGCUUUGCCAACUUGGAGUCCAGCAUCAAGGACUUUGAAAAAUUGACCGGAAACCAGGAAGAAACAGCUGAGAAGAAGGAAAUUGACCAAAUCAACAAGUCCAAUGUGUUUAUUUCGGUGCAGCCUAUAACCAGUAAGUUGGAAAAUGCAGAGGAGACUCCUGCCGGCGAGGACAAGCCCGUGUUGAUCGAAAGUAACAAUCUGGACUCUUUCUCUUUCACAAUUAUUCUCAAGGACAUCACCAAUGACAUCACCAUUAUUACCAAGACCCAGCCAUUCCCACUCAAGUGGGCAAAGUGGUUGAACGGAGAGGGCCUGGAUGUUGCUGGAGAAGAAGGCGGGGAGAGCGUGGAUGCCAGUGAAUGGGUCAAAGACUGGAUUCACGGAGGCUUGGACUUGGGAUUCGGGGUGGUUGCACAGGAGUAUGUGAUCAAAAGAAUGGGCGUUUAG